UAAGCUUAUUAGAAAAAAAAAAGGUUUCCUAACAACAUUCCCUGAAGAGCUUCACAGAAUCAUUUCCAGUACACCUGCUAGAAUUUGUAUAGGGCUGGGCUUGCCAGUAAAACAACCCUCGAAUUGAAACACUAGUUAAAACAAAAGUUAAAAUGCUAAUUUAAAAUUUCAUUAAAUGAUGUUCCCCAUAAAUAAAGUUAAAUGGGAAUACCUGACCAAAUUUUAUUUUCCAGCCCUGUGGCUAUUGAAGGCUGUACAAUGGAACAUUUGUGAAGAAGAAUCACUGAAAGAAUCCACUCUAGUCUGACAAAGUUCAGAAAACACGUUUUGACGUGUGUUUGGGAUCAAAGGUGUUAAGUGUGUGAUAAAUAAUUUCCAGCUUCCUGUCUCAAGAAUUUUGUAACCGCAUGAUUUUAAAAUAAAAGAUUCGGGAAGUAAGUGGCAUUUAAAGAAAAAAGAAACUGAAACUGUAGAGCUUCAUUACGCAAUCCUCCUCCUAUUUAGCAUCUCUUUCUUCCGCUCUGCCAGCAUAAAAAGCGUAUUUCCAAGACAGAUUGAAAGAUUGAAGAGCUGUAAUUGCAGCAACAAAGUCACGCUUCAGACUAGCAAAUAUCUUUUUGUGCACGGCUGUGUUUGUGGGAAAGCUCAAACUCUCGACCAAAAAGUAUUUUGCUUCAGUCUAGGAUCUCAUCUUUAACUGAUCAUACAAUAUGGUUGGCGGAAAACCUCUGAAGAAUGUAAGAAACGACAACAAGGAAAUCUUAGACCUACCUGUAAUAUCUGAAAAUAUCAGUCAUGCUAUUCAGAAGAAGCUACCCAACCCUAAAGGUGACCAUGGAGUAAAUGGUAAUGUCAAGGAGGUCUCUGAUGAACUUGAUCGCUGGAUCAGACAGCGAGGCCGAGACUUACGCCUGCGCCAGGCUGACCGACAGCAAGCAGUUAAACUGGUCAAUAAUCUGAGAAAAGAUUUAGUGAAGUUCCUGAAGGACAAUGAUGAGCAACCAUUUUUCAGGACUGUUUCUGUUCUCAAUAGUGGAAGCUACUAUGAGUUAGUGAAGAUUAUCAAACCCAAUGAGUUUGACAUCAUGCUGAAACUUACAACACCCCGAAUUGUGUGGAACAGUUUAGAGAAAUAUAAUGGACUUUUCUAUACAAUUUCCCUCUCCCGACCUCCACGUGGUGAAAUACGGGCAUUCCUUUUAGAAGAUGGACUCACUAUCUCAGCCUCCAAAAUAAUGAAUGAAAUGCACAAUUUGGUUAAGAAAUUCAUCCAAACACAUACAGUGCCUCCUGAGGAAGGUCGUUGGGAAGUGUGCAGGAAAAAGGUCAGUUCUCCAGCUGUGACCUUGGUUCUCCUGAAUGAAAUUGACGGGGCAGAAAUCCUGUCUGUGGAUAUUGUUCCCGCCCUUGAAGUGCCACAAGGCUGGCCACAAGCUGCUCGAGCUGGCCCAGAUGUGGACAACUGGCUUGGGAAGAACACUCGACGUAAAAUUAUUGGAAAGCCUGUUUACUUUGUCCCAAAGAGACCCAAAACACGAAACCUCACUGAUGUUGAAAAAGAAAGCUGGAGAAUAUCCUUCUCUCAUAUUGAAAAAGAGAUGAUCAGGUUCCAUGGCAACAAAAAGACGUGCUGUGAAAGUAAAAAAAACGAAUGCUGCCGAAAACUGUGUCUGCGGCUCCUCAAGUGCCUGUUUGAGGGACUGAAGCACACCUACCCCAAAGAGCUUGAUUCUUUAUGUUCCUACCAUGGGAAAACUGCCUUCUUUUUCAACCUCUGUGAGAGGCCUGAAGACACACUGUGGACUCCUGGCCAGCUCUCAGUCUGUUUUAUGAAACUGUUUUGGGACUUUGAGAAUGCUGUAAAGAAUGCCUCACUUCCCCACUUCUUUGUUCCAAACCACAAUCUGUUUUCUCCAUCCAGUUUCCCCAAGCGUUCUCUUCAGUUUUUGGGAAAUGCUUUGCAGGAGCAAAUGGAGUUAGGGUUUCCUCUUUUGCAGGUCCCAGCACUGUGCUACAGUCCUGCCCUUCAAAAGGAACCUGAACAAAUUUCUCCAGAAUCAAUCACAUUCACCUUAAAAAAGUGUGACACUGUGGCAUGUGUAAGCGACUCUUUUAGACAUAAAUAUAUUAAGCUGAUGGUGCCUUGUGCUUUUAUAUUUUUUGCCAUUGUAUGUGCACUGUAUGCAAAACCCUAACAACUAUGACUGUUUUCUGGAGAUAACAUCCCAAUAUCGUGUUUAAAAUACACUUCUAAAACACUUGUAAAAUAAUUUAUAUUGCAUAAUUUAAUGGACACUAUGUUUUAAUGAAUAAAAAACUUUCAUGGUCAUUUCAAAUAUUUUAGAAAUUUUAAAAUUAGACCAGUAAAGUGGAGCUGUGUUCGGUGUUGUCACCUCACAACUUUAUUGUUUGCGAUUCCUCCUGAGCAGAGUCCACUUUCUGUACAUGCUAUCCCCGUGUUCAUAUAGGCUGCCUCUCAAUGUGUGUGAAUGGAUCGGUGUCCCAUCCUCCCGGUCCUGCCUCAUGCCAGUUUUAGGUUCCGGCUCCACCGUGUCCCUGGCCAGAAUAAUGUGGUCACAGAAAAUAAAUUACAUUUAUUUUGAGGAUUAUAGUCUGAAGAAGUGAAAUUGUUUAUCUAUCAAUGUAAGUUCUGCUUUAUAUUCAUUUAUUGUAACAAUUCUAAUCAACCAAAUUAUUUACUGUACAUUUACUACGAAUCAAUAUGCAUUGUUUAUGUAAUAAUAAUGAUACAAUCCCUUACAAUGUUUAUAAAUAUAUGACAUAUAUAAAUACAAUGUUUACAAAUGGGGGGUGUGGUAGCCUAGUGGUCAAGAUGCCGGACUACUAAUCGGAAGG